AGGAGGAGGUUGUGGCUGUGGCUGCGGCUGCGGCGCCUGCUGCUCCUGCUGCUGCUGCGUCGGUUCUCAGUGCUGCUUCGUCUCUCGCUCCUCAUCCUUACCCACCAACCCCACCCCCCGCCACCUCCUCCCCCCUCCAUUCUCUCUCUCUCUCUCACGUUCUCUCUCGCGCGUUCUCUCUCGCUCUCUCUCUCACUCUGCCUCGUGCUGUCAUCUGUGCCGGCCAGCAAGCUGCGCUCACAGGGCAUGACAAGUGCAAGUGACGGAGCUUCUUCGAGGAAAUCGCGUGUCACCAUCUGUUCUUUAAAAAAAAAACUUCAUAGCCCGUGGUUCGGAGAAAGAAAAAAAUCAAUUAAAGAGUCUCCGGGUUGUGUUUGCGUAAUCAAGACAGAGGGUGAGGCGAUGAAUGGAACCAGGCCACUGGCGCACAUUAUCCGUGACGUCGCAAUCCGUCUCGUCCGAGUGCCUGACUAACGACUGCCAUUAAAGGAAGCGACUUUUGCGAGGUGGACAGCGCGUGGUGCGCACGUGGCCCAACAUGGCGGCGGGAACGGUUCGCUCCAUCGGCGCGGCCCGCGGGCGCGAAUCGUCACGGAAGAACCCGACGGCUACGCGAGCCGGCGAGGUCGGAUGUCACCGCGGCGCGUCGUCGAGGCGCUCACGAUGUCCGAAUCCGCAACGGGCCGGGCCCGGCUCCCCCGUGCCGUCAGCACACAAGUCGCUGCUGCUGCACUCGCUGCUGCUGCCGCUGCUGCUGCUGCAGUUGCUGCUGCUGUGCCCCGAGACGGCUGCGGAUUCGUGCCCGGCCGUGUGCCGAUGCAACAGCGGCUUUAUUUACUGCAACGACCGCGGUCUCACGGCCGUGCCGAGCGGGCUGCCGCGAGACGCCACCACCAUCUACCUGCAGAACAACCGCAUCACCAACGCCGGCCUUCCCGCCAUGCUGCAGGCGCUGUCGUCCGUCGAGGUCCUCUACCUGUACGACAACCAGCUGGAGGAGUUCCCGGCGCACCUGCCCCCGAACCUGCGUGAGCUCCACCUGCAGGAGAACAACAUCGAGGUGGUACCGGGCGCGGUGCUGGAGCGCACGCCAUUCCUCGAGAAGCUCCACCUGAACGACAACUCCGUGUCGAGCGCCCGGCAUCGAGCGGCCACGUUCCACGGGACGCCGCGCCUCAAGCUGCUCUUCCUCUCCCGCAAUCACCUGAGCAGCGUCCCCCGCGGCCUCCCGAGGGGGCUCGAGGAGCUGCGGCUGGACGACAACAGGAUCUCGCGCAUCCCCGACCGCAUCUUCGGCCAGCUGACCUACCUGAGCCGCCUGGCGCUCGACGGGAACAUACUGGGAGACGCCAGCAUCUCGGCCUCCUCCUUCUCGGGGCUGCCGUCGCUCACCGAGCUGUCGCUCGCUCGGAACGUUCUCACCACUGUCCCCACGCACCUGCCCAUGCUUGGCCUGCAGAAGCUGAUUCUGCAGGACAACCAGAUCUCGCGCCUUCCGCCCGGCGUCUUCUACGGCCUCAAGCAGCUGCAGAGGAUCGACUUGUCCGGGAAUGGGCUUCGCAGCCUGUCGCAGGGCUCCUUCAAUGGCCUCGAAUCCCUGAGCCACCUCUCGGCAUGCAACAACCCCUGGCACUGCGACUGCGGCCUCACCUGGCUGCGGAACUGGCUGCGGAGCAGACCCAACGUGAACGCGAGAGGGCUCACGUGCCAGACGCCGGAGCGGUUCAAGGGGACGCUCAUCCGCGACUUCGGCCUCAAGGAAAUUUCUUGCAUCGGCAUCUCCAAGGGGAUGGUGCCGGCCGGCAUUCCGCCCAUGCCACUGGCCACAGUGCUGACGGAAGCCGACGACUUCUCCUCCACGUCGUCGUCCAUAUUCACGUACGGGAGGGAGGGCGGGGGCGGCGGCCCACGCCAAGGUCAUCUCCUCGUCUUCGAGGAUCCACGUGCCAGGCACGAUCUCGGCUCCUCUGGCCGACGGAAACGCAGCUCGUCUUCUCCCCGUGCCCGGACAGGGAGAACAGCGUGCGCCUGCGCUGGCAGGACGCGGGUGCGCGCUCGUCGCCCACGGCCACCUACCGCGUCAGCUGGGUGCGGCCUGGGCCCGGCCGCCCGGGGUGCGGGCCCCCGCCGUCCGCCGGCGAGCCGCACCUCGACAGCCACGAGGCCACCGUGCUGGGCGCCGGGCGAGUUCCUCAUCGCGAACCUGGAGCCGCGCUCCACCUAUCGGAUCUGCGCCACCCCCGUUGCCGCACGCCAAGGGGGGCCCGACGCCGCGGGCAGUUCGCGCAGGAGCAGGGCACGGCUGGAGGAGCGGCCCGCGGACGGCACCUGCAUGUGAACGUCGACACGACGCGGCUGCAGAAGGCCGUGGGCGCGGCACCCC